AUGGGCCGCCCCUUUGAUGCAUAUGAUGGAAUUGCCUGUGCUGAAAUCGGCAUCUACUGCAUCUAUCUAUGUGGCGCCAUCUACCUCUUGCGCAAACACGGUUUUAGGGAGGGUGCUGGUUGGCGUUUUCUUAUCAUGCUCUCACUCGCUCGCCUCAUUGGGGAUUCCAUGCGUCUAGCCACAAUUUCACAGCCAACUAACCGGAGCCUAUACGUCGGCUGGUUAAUUCUUCUUGGUCUUGGCAUUGGUCCCUUAAUUCUCACAUUACACGGAGUUCUUGGGCGCCUUAUUGACUCUAUGAACGCCCAAGGCCGCGCCCCCAUCAAGUCUUUUCACCGACGCCUCCUUGAAAUUCUCAUGCUCGGUGGCAUGGUCUUGGUCAUCAUCGGUGGAACAAAGUCUCAUUACACCCUCAGCCAUGGAAACCCGGUUACUCAAUAUUCUUCUCUGAGCAGCGUGGGAACGGGUAUCAUAGUCGCCGUCAUGGGACUCUUACUCCUGGAAUAUCUAAUUGUCUUUCGAAACCGAGACUGCAUUACCCGUAUUGAGCACCGCGUCUUAAUCGCCGUCAUUAUAUGCAUCCCCUUUGUUUUAGUACGCGUUGCCUACUCUUGCAUUCUUGUCUUUGGGGGCGUUCAUUCAUCACCCUGGCUUCUACUGGGCAUGUCGACUGCUAUGGAAGUAAUUGUAACCUUCAUUUGUGAAUUAUGUGGGUUUAUCCUCCCUUCGGUUACCUUCCUUGAAGGAAGCUCAUCCCAAGACCGGGAGAUGCAACCAAUGGGCAGCUAUGGAAUAUCUAAGUAA